AUACAAACAGAGUUCUUCUGUACAUUGUUUCGCCAUUUCGAUUUCAUCCCAAACAGAACAAACGCAUGCAUUUAUUUCACGGCCAACCGCCACGGCCUUCCACCAACGCCGAUGAUGCUUCCACAGCCGCUCCUCCUACUAGCCGCCACCGCCCACGACGGAGGCGACGCCGACUUGCCACCAACCGAGCCACCGGACCUCAGAUCCAAGCCUCUUGUUCUCGUCAAAGUCUGGUGCUUGGUCAUCGUUUUCGUGGCCACUUUCCUCGCCGGAGUCUCCCCUUACUUGGUGAAGUGGAACGACGGCUUUAUUCUCCUCGGGUCGCAGUUCGCCGGCGGCGUGUUUCUGGGCACUGCUCUGAUGCAGUUCCUGAGCGAUUCGGAUGAGAAUUUCGAUAGCUUGAUUGAUAAAGACUACCCUUUCGCCUUCAUGCUGGCGAGCUUUGGAUAUUUGCUCGCCAUGUUGUCAGAUUGUAUUGUUCUCUAUGCUUAUCGCAGACGGAGAGGCAAUGAUCAUGGAAGUGAGAGGCCAUCAGGCGUUCUCCAGCAGAGAGAAUCUAGCAGCGGCGCAGGACCCUCCCAACCAGAUAUUCAGGUUGAUCAUCCAACAAGUAACCUACUACUGCUCUUCAGUGCCAUCUCCUUUGGGGACAGUGUGCUUUUGCUAAUCGCUCUGUGUUUCCACGCCAUAUUUGAAGGCAUUGGCAUUGGCAUUGGCAUUGGCAUGGCCGAUGCAAAACCCAGAGCCUGGAGAGCCCUCUGGACAGUCACUCUGCAUAAAGCUUUUGCCGCCAUGUCAAUGGGAAUGACCCUUCUCAGAACUAUCCCUGAAAACCCUCUCUUCUCAUGCAUUGCCUAUGCUUUUGCCUUCGCCAUCUCCACGCCUGUUGGUGUGGCCAUAGGGAUAGUAAUGGAUGCCGCCACUCCAGGAGUUGCUGGGGCCUGGAUCUAUGCCAUGUUUAUGAGCCUAACUUGUGGAGUUUUCGUCUACAUCUCUGUUAACCAUUUGCUCUUCAAGGGUUACUACUACCCGAAGGGUGAGGUUUCCAUGGAUAGGCCUCCUCACAGGUUUCUGGCGGCGGUUUUGGGGGUUGGGGUGGUUGCAAUUGUUAUGAUUUGGGACACAUCUCCUCAUCGUCAUGCUUAUGGAAGUGGGUGAUGGCAGGCUCAAGAGUGGAUCCAAGGUAGUAGGUGGGAAGUGGGCUGCGUGGGGGGAGCAGAGGGCAAAGAGCUGGAAAGGGUGGGUGCAUAUAUAUAUUUUUUGAUGUCUAGGCUGAGACUAAGCCCAAUUCAGCUCUCCCUUAGAUCUGCCCCUGCGCAGGCUCUUCAUUCCAUGAAAAUUUAUAGAUAAAAAUGACUGGCAUGUAACCAACCCCACACUAAGAUAAAGGGUUGAUAUGUUGCAUUUUUAUUGUAAAACUACCAAUAGUUUGUGGCAAAUUAUAGCUUUAAGAGUGCAGAAAACUGAACAUCUGUGUUAGAUUUUUAUUCUGUUUGAAGUGGGAGGAUAGCAUAAGUUGUUUCUGGCAUGCUAGAUUGCUAUAUGCGGAGCUUAAAUUCUAGUUACAUCGCAUAUAUCACAUCAUAGUUGUAAUGAAGAUUUAACUUCA